AUGGCCGCCUCGGCUUCGGGCUCCGAGAAAAACGCGACCUCGCCCGCGUCCGCUAGCACUCCAUCAUCAACAUCUGCGCCAGCACCGAAGGCGCAGAGCUGCGUCGUAUGCCGCCGUCGCAAGGUGCGCUGUGACAAGCAGUCGCCGUGCUCUAAUUGCCGCCGCGCGAACAUCGCAUGUGUUCUUCCUUCGAAAGAUCGUCCGCCAAAAUGGGCUCGUCGCCUCGAGCGCCUCACCACCAAUGCCGCAGCAUCAAACCCUCCGACGCUGCAAGACGCCGACCCGGGCGUUGCCAAGGUCAUGGAUAGACUGCGGAACCUCGAGGGCCUUGUCAAGGAGCUGACCGGCCAGCUGGAACAGGGACAGGCGGCCGCUAGCGCGCAUGGUGGAGGUGAAUCUAGUCUCUACUCUCUUUCAACGUCUGCCCAGCAUCGUGGUGUAGAGCAACAGAGGCACACGUCACCUAUCGAGAGUACUAGUAGUAUCGAGAAGCCGUUUGGGAGGCUCGUUCUACAGGGUGCAAGCCAAAGCCGCUAUGUGAGCAGCGGUUUCUGGACUCGGGUCAACGACGAGCUUGAGGGCUUGAAGACGGACACCCGCGGCCUGGAAGGAGAUGAGUUCGAUAGCUCAGAGGAUGAGGCAUCUUCUGGAAAGUCACCGCCUACCCAGGAACUUGAGCGGACACCUUCCGAACGCCAUGCAUUCCUCUUUAGACACAACUUGAGUCCUUCGGCUCACGAUCUCCGCGAAUUCCACCCGCUACCGUCGCAGAUCCCGUUUCUCCUAGAUGUCUUUUCUGAGAACGUGAACUUCAUCACGCAGAUCGUCCAUAUGCCAACCGUUACCAAAAUGGUCCGUGAUUUGCGCGGCAGCGACAUGAUGCGCCUCACGCCAUCUAAUGAAGCCUUGAUGUUUUCCAUUUACUACGCCGCUAUAACUUCAAUGGAGGAAGAUGAUGUCAUGACGAAUUUUGGCUCCUCAAAGGCCGACCUCAAUCUCAGAUAUCGGCUCGGUCUCGAGCAUGCCCUCGCGAAGGCCGAUUUCCUCAACGCUCCCGAUCUUGUCCUAGUUCAGGCAUUUGUCAUCUUCCUCUCUCUCGUUCGCCGACACGACAGCCCGAGGUUCGUGUGGAUGAUGACUGGGCUCGUCAUCAGGAUGGCUCAGUACCUUGGUUUGCAGCGAGAUGGGUCACAUUUCGAGCACCUGACUCCAUUCGAGAUUGAGACGCGACGAAAGGUCUGGUGGACUAUGUGCAUGCUGGAUGUGAGAGCAUCAGAGGACCAAGGGACAGACCUGACUAUAACGAGCGGCAGCUUCGACACGAAAAUCCCUCUGAACAUCAACGCUGCAGACAUCAGUCCCGAGUCAAAAGAGAUGCCCACAGAGCGCGAGGGCGUGACCGAGAUGACAUUCGCGCGCAUCAAUUUCGGGCUAUGGCAUAUCAUGUGGCAGCUGAUGAACCCCAGUGUAAGGAACGGUACCGCAAGUUUGGAAGACCAAAAUCGUAUGGUGAGCGAGAUCUACCAGAAAUACGAAGAAGGUUACUUUCAGCACAUGACAGAGUCGGGGAAUAUUGGCUUUUGGGUCGGGUCUACCGUCGCGCGCCUUGUCAUGGCAAAAAUGACGUUGAUCGUCUUUCUUCCUGUUCUCUUCUCUUCCCCAAGCGAACACUUCUCGGACGAGAUAAGAACCAAGUUGCUGGUCUCGGCAAUCGAGGUCGCGGAGUAUAACCAUGCGCUAAACGCCGAACAAGCAUGUCGGCAAUGGCGCUGGGUCUACCAAACUUACACUCACUGGCAUGCCAUUGUAUAUCUUCUGAUCGAUAUCUCCCGACGGCCUUGGUCACCCAUCGUCGAGAGGGCAUGGGUCGCGCUUCACAGCAGCUGGCUGAUCCCAGUUCAAAAUCCAACGAACAAGAAUCUCCGCGUGUGGUUUUCACUGCGAAAGCUAAUGGCCAAAGCCAGCAGGCAUCGCGACGCCGAGCUCAGCCGGCUGAGAGCCGAUCCACAGGCCGCCGCCAGGUUGGAUACGGAGGACCAGAACAUGCCAUUGCCGUCAAGCUCAGGGCCCUUCCCAGCCGAGUCUGGAUCUAGUGUGGACAUCUUCCGCGAGCGGUGGCGCAAGCUCGUGAACCUUUCAGAGCCUACCGAUCCGUCCAUGCCUACAAUCUACGCAAGUCAGCAGCCAACGGCGUCUGCUUUUGCGUAUAACCCAGGCGACUUGACCUCCAACAUAACCUCCGAGCCUACCUAUCUUGGUACGAGUGGACAGCACGCCGCUCAAAAUUCAGAGCAUAUCAAGUUCAGAAAUCCAGAGCCAGCGCUUCCAACGAAUGCUCCCAGCGAAUUGGCCUUCAGCCAACCUGGACUACCAUACAAUCCCUUUACUACUAUCCCUGCAGACUCCUCAGAUGGUCGUACCAUGGGUCCCGGUCUUGGGGCUUGGCUGUGGGCUGAGACUGACUCCUCGGAUGAUAUGUUUCCUAAUUUGGACCUUGAUCCCAUCGAUGUGAAUAUGGAUCUGGGUAGUGAGAUGAAUUGGUAUAAUUGGGUGGAAUCUGCUAAGGGUAUGGAAAUGGAUGCAAGCCUUAGUGGUAAUGGCCGGACCUAG